GCUGCCAUGUGACUCAAACCCAUAUAACGAAACAUUUCCCGCGCUCUGCUGCAUUGUCCAGACUCCAGUAGCGUCCCAGCCCGAACCCGUCAACAUGGCAGGAAUAAUAGAUGUCCCCAAACCCAGAGUCAACUGCUCCAUGCUGUCGCAGUACACCAACAGACCUGUGUGCUUCGUAGGAUGCGUUGAAAAGGUUCACCCGACAGGAAAAACGUUCACUGUGUCGGAUGGAGAGGGAAAGGUGGUCACAGUCGAACUGAACGACCCGCUUGACGAAGAGCUGAGCGGCGUUGUGGAGUUGAUCGGUAUGGUGUCCAACAAAGGAGGAAUAAUGGCCACGACGUACAACAUGCUGCGAGAGGACAAGGGCAUCGCCUUCGAUCUGGAGCUCUACAAUGAAGCCCUGAAGGUCGUCCAUGAUUUCCCUCAGCACUACCCUUUUGAGGUGACUUCCAGUGGAUGAGCGUGCACGUUCAAAGAUUUGUUCUCUGAAGUUGUUAGUUUUUGUGUCUAGUUUCUGUUGUCAGAAUAAGAUUCUCUCGAAUGUAUAAUAUCAAAUAAGAUUUUUUUGCAAUAAAAUUGAAACCCUGAAAGAA